CUGCACCGUGCCGUGCUUCCAAGGUGGGACGAUGCAACGGUCUACAAUGCGUUCCAUUACCCGUCGGCUCUUUCCUCUCAUCCACGUCCGGCACAUCCGAACCGCACCCAGAUCAGCCACCCCGACUCAUCCAAAGAAGAGGCCGCAGACACCAGAUGCAGCCACGGCUGACCUGUGGUCGCCCUAUCGCUUCGAAGAUCUGGGUGGCGGCAUCCAUCCCAUCCUCAUCGAAGCGAUGCGCGCGCAGGGCAUCGACCGGCCCACCACCAUCCAGCAACGCUCCUACAACCUGCUUGCAGAGGGCCGGGACUGCGUGGUGGCGUCUGAAACGGGCAGCGGCAAGACGCUUGCCUACCUGUUGCCGCUGCUGAACCAGCUGUAUCACGUGCACGACUUGGUGGAGGCGUCGAGGGCUGCGCAGGACGGGCAGGUGAACCCUCUGAAGGAGCUGAGGCCGUGGGUGGUGCUGGCGCCCACACGCGACCUCUGUGCACAGGUGAGAGGGAGAGGGGGACAGGGCGGGCGUGUCUGCUCAUCCAUCAGCCUGUGUUGUGUACAGAUAUGUCAGAUGGCUCAGUCGAUUGACCCGCUGGGGCGGCUGUCCAUCCAGACACUCGUCGAGCUGCCCAAGUUCCCACACUCCAGGUACGUCACACGUCACACAGAAGAGUACCCAGACCCAUCAGUCUGCCUGUCUGAUUGGUUCCACCAUCAACAGGGCAGGUGUCGAUCCCUUCCGCGUCCCUACCGGACCGUUGCCGAAGCAUCUGCGGCACCUGCGGGGCAUCGACCCAUCCGACAGUGUGCUGCAGGACCUGUCGCUGCAGCGACAGCCACAGCCCGUCAUCGUGGCCCCGAGGAUCAGGUGGGGCGCCGUCGACCUGGUCGUCACCAUGCCCAUCAAGCUCCUGCAGGACCUCCUCAGGUGCGCGUGACCAUGUGUGGUGAGUGGGGUGUGGAAACCUGACAGACGGCUGUUUUGUCUUUCUCUGUUUAGGUGUAGGUUUGUGGGCGAGAGUGUGUAUCCGUCAUGUCUGGUGUUCGAUGAGGUGGACGAGCACUUCCAGAGCGUCACCAGGAACCUCAAUUUGACAUCGUCAAGGUGGGUCACUCACAGAGACCCACAUGGCGCUUUUUCUCAUGCGUGAUCUCUUGCUGUUGACAGCACCUUCGCCCCCGCCCGCCCAUCCGUCAAUAUGACGAGAUCCGCCGGCCGCUUUGGCGCCACUAGUCCCCACCCAAUUCGUGUUUGUGGGCGCCACACAGCCAACCGGGGGAUGGUGCACCACUGGCGCAAUGAUCAUCGAACGGUGACCAUCCGACCCAUCCUCACAGAUGCAGAUGGACAGACAGGAGAGGCAAAGAUGUGUGCGUGUGUGUGUGUGUGUGUGUGUGUGUGUCAGGUUCCACGUGGCCGAGCAGCUGUGGACGGCGGGUCUGCACGCCAUCUCGCCUUUGGUGAGUCAGCGGUGGCUGGAGGUGCCGGCCGACAAGAACACCUUCGAGCAGAAGCUCGACAUGCUCCUGACGGUCCUGAACCAGAUGCCAAAGGACAGAACACUCACCUGUCCGUUUGUGUUUCAGACAUCGCUGCUUACAUUUUAUAUCUGAUGACUGAUCAUCAACAUGUGGACGUGCCGCCACGCGUAAGGCUGCCGUCCAGCAGCCAGAAGGGUCGCAAUGGCGUCCGAAGGGCGACUCGCCGGCCAGUGAGCCCUUGACGUUGGGCGUCGACAUACGUGUUCCCACGGUCUGCGGGCUAUGCAAUUUGAAGGUGCUGUUGCGGCGGCUGAAUGGCGUCAAGGAAGACACAGAAGUAGCUGACUGCUUGGCGGGCGGGUGGUGUGUGCACUGCGUGUCUGGUGGCGUGUGCGUCAUUUCUGCUGGUGCAUGAUGUAGUGCAUGACAAUGAUCUGGCCCAGAUUCACCCACUCAUUCUUCUGAGCCCCUGCCUAAGGGAAAAGACAUUGUUAGUGAGGUGUGGCAAUUUGGAAGGGAAAUCAUUGCUGCCUCCAUUUGUAUCUGUCGGUGAUGGUGAUCAGCCCGUAGCUGUGUCUGCAGUGCCUGCAUGAUCAAUUCUCUUCGCUCCUAGCUGAGUCCUUGUUGAGUGGAUGUCGAUGUGUGAGUGAGGGAGACCAGUGGGAGGGAAAGGAAACGUUCCGCCAGUUAGCGACCCGGGCCCAUUGCAAACUUCGGCUAGAACAUCAAUGUCACAAUCCCUGCC